AGCCGUCUGUUUUUCCCCUAAAUCAGAGACGGGAGCCUUGAUCUUGAUAAUCUCACUUAAUUUUUUUAGUGUUUCUACAAGUUGUUUUCUCUACAAAUUUCAGGAUAUGGACUCGUUUGAAAAAGAUGGAAAUGGGGCUGUGCCUGAGUCUCUGCCACCUCCCCCACCUGUGCCUCCUGAUGUUGUACCUAUCAAAGCAGAAUCUGAACCUGCAAAAAAGAAGGUUGUGCGAGUCCCAAUGGCCAGGCGUGGUCCUGGGUCUAAAGGACAGAAGAUAACUCUUCUAACCAAUCACUUCAAAGUGAAUGUUGGAAGUGUUGAUGGAUAUUUCUUCCACUAUUGUGUUUCUCUAUUUUAUGAAGAUGGUCGUCCUGUCGAUGGCAAAGGUGUUGGAAGAAAAGUGAUAGAUAGGGUGCAAGAAACCUAUAGCAAUGAGCUGGCUGGAAAGGACUUUGCUUAUGAUGGAGAGAAGAGUUUAUUUACUGUUGGUCCUCUCCCAAAUAACAAGCUUGAGUUUACAGUUAUACUUGAGGAUGUUACAUCCAACAGAAACAAUGGAAAUGCAAGUCCUAAAGGCCAUGAGAGUCCAAAUGCUCACGACAGGAAGAGAAUUAAACGGUCUUAUCAGUCAAAAACCUUUAAAGUGGAUAUUAGCUUUGCUGCAAAGAUUCCCAUGCAGGCCAUUCAAAAUGCUCUGCGUGGACAGGAAUCAGAGAACUCACAGGAAGCCUUAAGGGUGUUGGAUAUCAUUUUACGGCAGCAUGCUGCAAAACAGGGAUGCCUUCUUGUUCGCCAAUCUUUCUUUCAAAACAAUCCCGACAAUUUUACGGACAUUGGUGGAGGUGUCCUAGGCUGCAGAGGGUUCCAUUCUAGUUUUCGAGCCUCUCAAGGAGGCCUUUCCCUGAACAUUGAUGUAUCAACUACCAUGAUAAUUCGACCUGGUCCUGUUGUGGAUUUUUUAAUUGCCAAUCAGAAUGCCAGAGAUCCUUACUCCCUGGACUGGACCAAGGCUAAACGAACUCUUAAGAAUCUGAGGAUAAAAGUUAGUCCAUCCAAUCAAGAGUACAAGAUUACUGGAUUGAGCGAGCAAAUGUGCAAAGAUCAGUUGUUUUCAUUGAAGCAGAAAAGUGCGAAGAAUGAUAAUGGUGAAGCUGAGAAUCUAGAGAUUACUGUUUAUGAUUAUUUUGUCAACCGUCGCAACAUAGAGUUGCGUUAUUCUGCAGACCUGCCGUGCAUUAAUGUUGGAAAACCAAAACGGCCAACGUAUUUUCCUUUGGAGUUGUGUUCCCUGGUGUCUUUGCAACGUUACACAAAAGCACUAACCACUUUUCAGAGAGCUUCACUGGUUGAAAAAUCAAGACAGAAGCCUCAGGAAAGAAUGACUGUCUUGUCUAGUGCUUUACAGAGGAGUAAUUAUGGUGCUGAGCCAAUGCUGCGUUCAUGUGGCGUUUCUAUCAGCACUAAUUUCACCCAAGUGGAAGGUCGUGUUCUGCCUGCACCGAGGUUAAAAGUCGGGAAUGGUGAAGAUUUCUUUCCACGGAAUGGGCGGUGGAAUUUUAACAACAAGAAACUAGUGGAGCCAACUAAGAUUGAACGAUGGGCUGUUGUUAACUUCUCGGCACGAUGUGAUACAAAUAGCCUUGUUCGAGAUUUGAUUAGAUGUGGAGACAUGAAAGGAAUUAGGAUAGACAAUCCUUUUGAUGUGUUUCAAGAGACAAAUCAGAACAGACGCUGCUCUCCUGUUGUUAGAGUGGAUAAAAUGUUUGAGGACAUUCAAUCUAAACUUCCUGGAGCUCCACAGUUCCUCCUUUGUGUUUUACCUGAUAAGAAAAAUUCUGAUCUUUAUGGUCCAUGGAAGAAGAAGAAUCUUGCCGAGUUUGGCAUAGUCACGCAGUGUAUGGCUCCAACUAGGGUCAAUGAUCAGUACCUUACGAAUUUGCUUCUAAAAAUCAAUGCAAAGCUUGGAGGACUGAAUUCUAUGUUAGCAAUUGAGCAAACAACUUCAAUUCCGGUUGUUUCUAAGGUUCCAACCAUCAUCCUUGGCAUGGAUGUGUCUCAUGGCUCUCCUGGGCAAUCUGAUAUUCCAUCAAUUGCUGCGGUGGUCAGCUCCAGGCAGUGGCCUUUGAUUUCCCGCUACAGGGCAUCUGUGCGGACACAGUCACCUAAGCUUGAAAUGAUAGAUUCUCUGUUCAAACGAGUGUCUGACAAGGAGGAUGAGGGUAUCAUUAGGGAGGUUCUUUUGGACUUCUAUACAAGUUCAGGAAAGCGAAAGCCUGAUCAAAUCAUAAUAUUCAGGGAUGGGGUUAGUGAGUCGCAGUUCAAUCAAGUUUUGAACAUUGAACUGGAUCAAGUCAUUGAGGCUUGCAAAUUUCUUGAUGAGAGUUGGAACCCCAAGUUUGUGGUCAUCGUUGCACAGAAAAACCAUCAUACAAAGUUCUUCCAGCAGGGAUCUCCUGACAAUGUCCCACCUGGCACUGUUAUAGACAACAAAAUCUGUCAUCCAAAGAACAAUGACUUCUAUCUUUGUGCUCAUGCGGGAAUGAUUGGAACCACGAGGCCUACCCAUUAUCAUGUUUUGUUAGAUCAGAUUGGGUUUUCGGCUGAUGAUCUCCAGGAACUUGUUCAUUCUCUGUCAUAUGUUUACCAAAGGAGCACCACUGCCAUUUCUGUAGUUGCUCCAAUCUGCUACGCACAUUUGGCAGCCUCACAGGUUGGGACGUUCAUGAAGUUUGAAGAUGCAUCUGAGACAUCGUCAAGCCAUGGUGGGGUUACGGCACCAGGAGCUGUUGCUGUCCCUCAGCUGCCUAGGUUGAAUGAGAAAGUCUGCAGCUCAAUGUUCUUCUGUUGAGAGGGACGUAUGAGCCGAGCCCCAUGUUUUGUGUAGGCAUUUGGUGUUUUUUACCGAACGACUGAAACGGUUUUAAGUUAAAAAUGUAGGAUUAUCCAUCCCGCAAUGCUUAUGAUGAUGAGGCAGGGUAGUUUGAAUCAUCAUCCGUUUUGAGUAUGAACCUACUGGUGUGAACAAGUGGCUCUCGCCUGUGUAACUUGGCUGUGUUUGUGGUGUGGAAUGUGGAUGUUAUUCGGCAGGUUA